AUGGAACUUGGCUGGAAAGUGCUGCCCCUCACACCUUACUCUCCGGGUGGCGGUGGCGGAGGUGGCGGAUACGGAGGACAAUGCUCUUGCGACGCAUACAAUAGCUGCCCCGCUGAACCACCAGGGCCCCCUGGAAGCCCCGGAGAGAACGGAUAUCCUGGAUCACCUGGAGGCCGUGGAGAGCCCGGAGCACCCGGACAAGCCCCACAAGGACACGAUGAUGGAUCUGGUUGCAAGCGUUGCCCUGGUGGACUCCCUGGUGCCCCUGGAGCCCCUGGACGCGAUGGACCCCCUGGAGACCAAGGAGUCCCUGGCUCCUUCAGAUUAUUUUUUUUCGGGAUCCAGGAUUUGCGCAGAAGAUGGGAAGAAGUCAUAGAUACUAAUGGAGAAUACCUUUCGAAU